GGACCGCAGGAGAGUUGAGCCAUUUUGCGCGCUGAUGCCAAGCGCACAUGGAGGACUGUGCCAAACACUUCUCUCACCUGGCGAGCGCGCCGUCCUCGGGUCUUGGAUUUCCAUUAUAGCAGGACCACAGAUAUUUAAUUCUGAGUUGUAGAGAUUUUAAAAGACAAAAUUUUACAGAACAGUGUUUUGGAAUCAAUGUGAGUCUGGCAGAGGUUAAAUCAGCCGCUUUUUCCGCAUCGCUAUCUCAGGUCAAGUUGCUCUGAGUUAUUGCUUCACAUCAGUCGAGCGCGAUUUAGAUUUUUCUAAGAAGUCAAGUGUUAUUUUUUUUUUUAUUAUUUAAUCGUGAUUACGAUUAAAAUAACACGAGAGCGGAGUGGAACAAUAACCGGACUGUGGAGGAAAGUUUGGAGUGCAUCGGUCCGAGUGUCCGUGAGAUGCUGCUGUAAAUGGUGGGGCAAUGUCCCGACGGAAGCAAGGCAAUCCACAGCAUCUGUCCCUCACACAGAGGGACAUCAUACCCCCUGCGGUCGAUCAUGACGUGGGGGCGGGGCAGUGCCCAUCAGAGGUGUCUUUAGCCAGCCCUCUGGGCGGAGCCAGAGAGAGUGACCUGCUGACCUGUGGUCAGUGUCAAACCAACUUCCCCCUGGGAGAGAUCCUAGUGUUUAUCGAGCACAAGAGGAGACUGUGCCCCGGACCCGGCGUGUGUUUUGACAAACCGUCAGAUGGCAGCGGUUCCCCAUCCCCCAGACCCCCCCUGACAGAAGUCUGCCGGAGGUCUGGACCGGUGGAGGUUGGGAUCCAGGUCACGCCAGUAGAGGAAGAAGAUAAACGACUGACGCCUGCAAGAGGAAUCUGCCCCAAGCAGGAGGGUGUCCCAACAGGAAAAGAUGAGCCCUCUAGUUACAUCUGCACCAUGUGUAAGCAGCCAUUUAACAGUGCAUGGUUUCUGCUGCAGCAUGCGCAGAACACUCAUGGGAUCCGAAUCUACCUGGACACCCACCCUACUAGUUGCUCUCUUACCCCACGCUUGGCCCUUCCUCCACCACUGGGGGCUGAUGCCCUACCCCGCUCCCCUCUUCCCAGCUUCCUGGGUGAUGGCAGCAACCCUUUUCAGCUGUUACGUAUGGCUGCCCCGAUGCUACGAGAGCCACCGCCCCCUGGGUACAUGGAAACCCGCUUGCCAUCUACCCCUCCCUUUGUAAGCCCUCCACCACCUCGCCAUCCUCUGGAACGCCUCGGCCCUGAGGAGAUGGGCCUCCUGUCCCAGCAUCCAAGUGCAUUUGAGCGGGUGAUGCGGCUAACACCUAUGGGCAUAGAACCAUCCAUGGGCUUCUCUCAACGUCUUCGAGAAUUGGCAGGCAACAACAACAACAACAACGGGGGGCCAACCCCUCCCCUUUCUCCUAACCGUGUACCACCCAUGCAUCGGCUUCUUAGUCCCACCCUCUUCCAUCAUGGAUCUAAACCUCCACCUUUCCUAACCUCACCCUCACAGCCACCAUCAGUCCCAUCCAGAGGCAAUUCCUCACCACCACUAAAUCAGGCCGGCAAAGCUAAGUCCUGUGAGUUCUGUGGCAAGACUUUCAAGUUCCAAAGCAACUUGAUAGUGCACAGAAGAAGCCACACUGGUGAAAGGCCGUAUAAGUGUCAUCUCUGUGACCAUGCAUGUUCACAGGCCAGCAAAUUGAAGCGCCACAUGAAGACUCACAUGCACAAAUCAGGCUCCAUGGGGAGCUCACCUGAGCAGGGAGGGCAGGACUCAUCCGGAGAAGGGAUUAAGAACAGAGAGGACAAUGGCACAAGGGAAGGAUUGGAUAAUGAGGAGGAUGAAGAUGACGAGGAAGAGGAGGAGGAAGAAGAGGAGGAAGAACAGCAAAAUGGAAGCAGGCCUGAGUCCAACAUGAGCAUGGACUCGGAACGGAGUAGGAACAGAGAGAAUGGCCAUAGACCCUCACCAGAGGAGAAGCCUCUGGCUUCUGAAAGAGUGACAGAAAGCCAAUACAACAACCGUGACAAUCACUUGAGACUGCCACAGGGCAGCAGGUCACACGAACAGAUGGAUGCAGAUUCGACAGGCAGGGAGAUUGACAGGGACGUACGGCCAAUGGUGAAUGGCAGAGGCUGCUGUCCAGAGGAUCCCAUCUCACUGUUAUUCCACAGGAAGCCCCUGCCUAUUUCCAGUCCCAGCCUCUCUGGGUCGUCCGCAAAGAGGAUCAAGGAGGAGAAGGAUGUGGAUUUGCCACAGGUGCCCGUCAUCUCCCCUGAGAAUGUGUAUUCUCAUUUGCUAGCUGGGUAUGCUGCAUCACGCCACUUCAUAAGGGAGCCCUUCAUGGGCUUCAGCGACUCCAGGCAGUCACCUUUUGGCACUUCUUCCGAGCACUCUUCAUCUGAGACAGGCAGCCUGCGCUUCUCCACCCCUCCAGGUGAGAUUCUGGAAGGGGGUGGGUUGUCAGGGCGAAGUGGCAACAGUACACCUCACCUCCAGCUGCGGGGUCCCGGGCCAGGGAGACCACCAAGCUCCAAAGAGAGCAGACGGAGUGACACCUGUGAGUUCUGUGGUAAGAUAUUCAAGAACUGCAGCAAUCUGACCGUGCAUCGGCGCAGCCACACAGGCGAGAGGCCUUACAAGUGUGACUUGUGCAGCUAUGCUUGUGCCCAGAGCAGCAAGCUUACCCGGCACAUGAAGACGCAUGGGCAGUUUGGCAAAGAGGUAUAUCGCUGUGAUAUUUGCCACAUGCCCUUUAGCGUAUACAGCACCCUGGAAAAACACAUGAAGAAGUGGCAUGGAGAGCAUUUGCUGACCACUGAGGUCAAACUUGAGCAGGCUGACAGGGCUUGAGAACAGUUACUAAUGCACUGUAUUAUGGGUUUAGCUGGAUAGUCUUACUCUUGUCUAGAUUUUCUUUUGAGAGAUUAAAUGUUUUAUUUUUUUUGUUUUGUGUUUUAUUUUUACAAGUAAAAACAAACUGCCACCUGAGAAACAAGAACACAGGGAAAUGUUAGUGGUUCUGCAAACCUUCUUGCAUAUUCCUGGAACUAACAGAGGAGUAGUCCAUUACGAAUUCAUGGAGCCUUUCUACUGUGCAAUAAUUUCUGUAUUUAUUGGAUUAUUUGUAAUUAUACAUGGCAUGUGCAGGUACAUUAUCAAUGGGCUUCUAAUGCAUUCAGUUCCUGAAAUUAUAUUUCUACACCAUAUGUUCUAUGACGAAUACUGAGAUUUUGGCAAUUAGCCAACUGUUGUGUUUUUUAACUAGUUUCCUCAAAGGAAUAAAACUGGUCAUUUCUAAAGAAGAGUUCAACUUCUAAAAAUCUAAGAAAGUUUUUAUGCUAUUGUUGCUAUCAAUGGCCCCUCUCAUAUUAGGUGAUAUACAAUAGCUAGAUGUAAAGCACUGAAUGUCAUUUUGACAAUAAAAAAAAAUUAACAAAUUUAAGGGGCAAAAAAAAAAUCAGGGAUGUUGAGGCAGCUGACAGGCAGUUUGACUGCAUUUGAAUGAUUUUUUAUUGACAACCCUUGAAAAUAAAUGAUUAUCAACCAUGAGAAUGGCAGUGAAGUGCUAAUGACAACAACAAAAUGCUGCCAGUGUUGAAUUAAUUCCUGAUGACAUUCUUUUCAAAAGUUUUGUUACACCCAAGAUUGAACUUUUAAAGAUCAAAGUGUUUACAUUCUCUUGAAUUAACCUUCAUACAUCUCUUCCACCCACACUAUCUCUUAAUUAAUUUCAAUGCUUUCCAAACCAAGUACAGUACAAGGUCAACUCCUUUCUUAUGAUGGUAUUAUAAUAUUAUCAUCGUGUAGUCUCGACUAAUUCAGACUAUACAAAGUUGUUCAGAGAAGUCAUAAGCUUGUUACAUAUCAAAUUUAAAUCAGGUGUGUAUGGAUGAUACGACAGUAGUUUUGAGUUUUUAAUAUAGCAUUCCUAUGAAUUUUUAAAUGCAAUGCAAAUAUUCUCAAAUUAACUACUUAAUGAAUAAGUAUGUAUUUGGACACCAAUAUCACACACGCACACAUGCACGCACGCACGCACACACACACACACACACACAUACACACACAGUACAUUCAGUGAAUAGUGUUGUGGCCCUCUAGAAGCCCUUGGUGAAUGCAUGUCCUCGAGUCUAAAGGAUCCUGAGAUUAAAUGAUUUCCUCAUUACAUUUUCUGUUCUUACACACAGAGUUGCUUCCAUCUGCCCCCUUUCACACACCAUUAGCAACAAAAUGACACGGUAGCCCUCGAAUCUGCCUACCACAAACCAUGGUUCACUUUCUAUAUAUUCACUCUUUAAAUGUACACUGCAAAAUUUUUCUAAAUCAAUAAUUUGUAUGGUUUUCUAGUAAAAAUAUUUAAAAAUGCUUACAUUUAUAGAUACAUUUACUUGAGAAACAAAACUAAUUAAGAUAUUAAGACAUGUUUUCAGACAAUAUAUCUUGAUUUAAACAUUUUUCCUAUACAU